AUGAAUUACUUGAUUAUUCUAUAUUCUAAAACAGAUAGAAUUUCAUUCCCUAUAAACGUUCUGAGUAAUCCUAAGUUUAAGAAAUCAACAUUAUCUUCUCUAAUAUGUUAUUCAACACCUAUUAGUAGUGAUAUUGAAAUUAAUUUCAAUGGAACAAGUUUUGAAUAUAAAGAAAUUGAAGUAGUUAUGAAGUAUAUUUUGGAUUAUCCUUUAGCGAUAUACGAACUUACUAAACAACAAGCAUUUGAAACAGCAGCUAUAUUAGUCAAAUAUCAAAUUCCUCCAUUAGAUAUUUUUAAAUAUUUACAAAUAGAAGAAAAACAACAAAUAAACUUUAUGAAAACAUUCCUUAAAAUCAUUAAUAAUGAUGUUGUUAAUGCUAUCAUUAAAAGUCAAGUCUCUAAUGAGGAAAAGAUGUUAAUUACAAAAGCACUCUUUGAACUAACUGGAGAAAAUCCACAGAAUUUUAGAACACCUAAAAUUAUUUCACGAAUUACUGAAUGGUGUAGAGAAAGUAAAACGAUUGAAAGAAAUAACCUUAUUAAUUCUUGUAACACAAGAAAAAAUUGGAGGUCAUUAUCAUUACCUUUAUUACCAAUAAAAUCAUCUUUAAAUGAAUUAGAAGUUAUACCCUCUCAAAAAGAAGGAAUGAGUAAUAAAUUAAUAACAGAAAAAAAAGAUGUAUUAAAGAAAAAAUUAAGGUUAUCACUUCCAAACAUAAGAAGAUUAACAGUCAAGGGAUUAACCCUCAAAUAUCUCUCAUCAAUAAACAAGAAUAAGGAAGAAGAAAAAAAACACUCACAAGAAGAAAAAAAAAUAAAUAAUAAAAUGAUUAAAAGUGAACAACCUAAAAGAAGAAUGACUUCUUAUGAACAAAUGUUAUCACCAACAAGUAAAGAUAAUCUCUCAUUUAAAAAAAAUAUCAGACAACUAAAUAGUUUUAUAAAAAGUAGAAAAUAUGAUAAUUUGAUUGAAGAAGAUAAAGCAACAUUACCUCAGUGUUUAGAGUUAAAAAGAUGUGAACAAAAUAAAUCUAUAAAAAAGAAAGUAAAAAUGCUUGAGCUGAAAAAGAAUAGGCCAAGAGCAAUUACACUGUUAUUUGAAAAUUUAGAACAAAAACAAAUGACUGAAGAUGAAAGGAGGUUAUUUCCUUUAAUAAGUCCAAAACUCAAAAAUAAAGAAAUAAUAGUAAAACAAUCACCAUUACUUCUUUCUCCUAAAUUAUCAUUCACUAUAAAACAAACACAAAAAGUACUUGAGAAUAAUGAUAAGAGAAUUAUUUUGCUUCAAUCAUAUUUAAGAGGACUAUUAGUUAGAAAUAAAUAUAAAGCAAAAUUACUUAUUAAAAGAAAGAAAGUGUUUAAAGAAUUAACUGAAACAGAAGAGAAAUUAUACAAAAAUUUACAACUUAUCAAUAAAUAUUUUAUAAAUCCUCUAAAUGAACUUGUUAAUAAUGGACUAAUUAAGAAAGAAUUAAUAAAUUAUAUUUUUAAUGAAUUUUAUGAUAAAGUUUGUAUUAGUUCAAUGAGAAUUAGUAUUUGUUUAAGAAAGGUAUUAGAUAAAUAUGAUUCAGAAAUAAUAAUUUCUAAUGUUUUAGAAGAGUGUUAUAUAUUUGCAUCAUCGUUGUUAAAAUUUACUAUUAAUUAUAACACAGGAGCUAAUGUAUGGGAACAAAUUAAAACUUUGAAAUGUGUAAAAGACUUAAUCAAUACAAAUAAAGAUCAACCAGAGUUAGGUCAUCAAGAAUUAGAACAAUUAUUAAUUCAACCAGUUCAAAGAACAAUGAGAUAUCCUAUUUUAAUAUUAGAAUUAUUAAAAAAUACACCAAUUAAGAAUCCAGAUUAUAAUCGUUUAAAAGAAGUAUAUCAUAAAUAUCAUAAUUUUUCAUUAUUGAUUGAUGAAUGUACCAGUUUUAGAGAUAAAUUACAAUAUGAAUUACAAAAACGUAAUAAAAUAGAAUAUUUUAUUUUUAAUAGACUAUUAUUUAAUAAAUGUAAAAUUGAAACAAAAGAUAAAAAGAAAUAUACACUUCUUAUUUGUAAUGAUAUUCUUUUAUGUUCUUUAAAAAUUGGAACUAUUCAAUAUUCUUUUACUGAAUAUCCAAUUAAUCAAAAUAUAAUUUGUUCUUACAAUAAACGUCAAUUGUUAAUUAAAGAUACUAAAACAAAUAAAACAUUAGAAGUUUUUUGUUCAAAUGAUAAACAGUCAAAACAAUGUUCUGAUAUUAUAAAUAAAAUUGUUAAAGAUAAAUGGUAUAUAUUAGAAGACAUCAAAUUAAAUACCUCUUUUAGAGAGAAAGACAAUAAUUUCAUUUUAUAA